AUGGCAGCCUCCGACGGCACCAAGCCCGUUGUUGUUGGUCUCUAUGGUGUUCCUGGCUGCGGCAAAUCUUUCCUCCUGAACCAACUCAAGAGCCAACUCAACCAUAAGCAUUUUCGACUUUUCGAGGGCUCCGAAGUUAUCAGCAGGAUCGUUCCGGGAGGACUGGGAAUCUUCAAGAAGUCAGACGAUCAGAAGAAGCGCCAUUGGCGCCAGCUUGCCAUCAACGACAUCGCUGAAGAGUGUACCCGUACGGGGCGUCUUGGGAUCGUCACCGGCCACUUUUUGUUCAGGUCUGUAGAGGACAGUACUACCUACGACGUUGUAUACACGCAAGACGAUCUCCCUGUAUACACGCAUAUCCUCUACCUCGAUGUCCCUGCAGAUGUGGUGGUCUGCCGUUCUCAAGGUGACACGGCUCGGAGUCGCCAUCCUCUAUCCGUCGACCACAUCCGCAAGUGGCAGGACGCCGAGAAGGUUCAACUGCGUCACCUCUGUCUCGAGAAUGGCAUUCUUUUCGGGCUUGUAUCCACAACGCCAUCCCUGCUGGACAGGAUCUUGCCUCUUCUCCACGACAUUCAUCAUCAUUCCGAGAAGGAGAACCUGUCUCGCGUCAGAAGUCGACUCGAUGAGGUGGUACUCACCAUGCAAAGAGAGAACAAGUUAGAAACGGUUGUCGUUCUCGAUGGAGACCGAACUCUGUGUGCUUCGGAUACUGGCACGAUGUUCUGGGAGAAGUUCAGGGCGAAACUGACCUCAUCGGAGGAGUGUUUCCUAAAAAUGCUCUUCAGCAGCUCUCUUGGAUACUCAUAUCUGGCCUUCAGUCAGGCUGCUUUCCUCUACGAGGAAACGCAUCCCCACUUUGACGACUUGUGCAGUGAGGUCGCCUCUGCCGCCGUCAUGCACCCCGAGUUCGUGGCCUUGAUCAGGGCCGUGGAAAGAGCCUCGCACGCUGGUGCAAUUGUCGUCACAUGUGGCAUACGCCAAGUAUGGGAGAAAAUCCUGGAGAGAGAGGACCUUACCAAGAGCGUGAAGGUCAUUGGUGGAGGGCGCCUUGCGGAUGGCUACGUCGUCGACCCUCAAAUCAAAGCCGCCGUUGUCGCCCGAUUACAGAGACACCACAAUCUGUAUGUCUGGGCAUUUGGAAAUAGUCCGAUGGACUUGCCCAUGCUCGAGAUGGCCGAUCAGACCAUUGUCGUGGUUGGCGAAGAGCAGUUCAGGAGCCGGAGCAUGAGCGCGGCCUUGCUGAAAGCAGUUGAGGAGAACCUUCAGGUGCGACAAGCCUUGAUUCCUGCCACCUCAACGCCGCGUAUCGACCUUAAUAAAUUGCCAUUUGUUGACAUCACCAGUCAAGCCUUCACCAACUCCGUCGCGCGCCGUCGUGGCCUCCGAGUAUAUCACGCAACGACGACGAACGCAGCCAAGCUGCUCAUGACCCCGACCCGCGAUGCAUCUAUCGCUGGUCCCGGUCUGAGAGCAGCUCACCAUCGAUUUGGUUGGUACCUUGCGGUCGACUUGCUGACGGAUGUGCUUGGUGUGGAAGAGCAUCCCAUCGCGCACGUCCAGAACCGCACAACCGAUGGCUAUCGACUUUUCGACGAGGAGAGCACAGUGGUUGUAGCGUUGAGGCGUGGCGGAGAGCCAAUGGCGUUCGGAGUCAGCGAGGCGUUCCCGAGAGCCAUGUUUUGCCACGCUAGUUGCCCUGAGGACCUCAACUCAGACAAACUUGUGGGAACGAAGACAGUGCUGCUCGUGGACUCAGUGAUUAACAGCGGCAAGACGAUUGUGGACUUUGUUCAACAAGUUCGCAAGCUAGAUGCAACGAUGCGCAUCGUAGUUGUGGCAGGAGUUGUCCAGGCAAAUGCAGUCUCGGACGUGAUGCAGCCGCUGGCAAGCGACGUGGAUCUGAGUCUGGUUGCACUUCGUCUCUCGGAAAACAAAUUUACGGGGAGAGGUGAUACAGACACCGGCAACAGACUCUUCAACACGUCUCAGCUUGCCUAA